AUGACAAAGACCAGAUUCUCGUCAAUCGAUAUUAGGACCACUGUUUGCAAUCUGCAGAGGUCUGUCAUUGGCCUGCGAUUGGCCAACAUCUAUGACCUCAGUCCUAGAGUGUUCUUGUUGAAGCUAUCAAAGCCUGACAACAAGAAGACACUGAUCAUCGAGUCUGGUAUUCGUAUACACUCUACCAACUUUACCCGUGACAAGGGUGACCAUACUCCAGCUCCAUUCUCAAUCACUCUUAGAAAGUACCUCAAGACCAAGAGAUUGGAGAGUGUCAAACAACUGGGUGUGGACAGAAUAGUGGACUUUACCUUUGGAUCAGGUGUCGCAACACAACAUCUCAUCAUUGAGUUGUUCUCUAUUGGUAACAUCAUUCUUACAGAUGGAGACUACAAAGUGUUGGCCAUUCUCAGAACACAUCAGUUCAAGGAGAGUGACAACAUUGCUGUGGGCGACGUCUACCCUGUGGACAACUGCAAGCAACCAUCGACCUUUACCACCGAGCUCAUUGAACAAAUCCUGACACAGCAGGAAGACAAGAAGGAAACACUAAAGCAGGUGUUCAACAAGAGCCUUGACUUUGGUCCAGAGCUCAUCGAACACUGUCUGCUCUCUGCUGGUCUUCAGUCCAAUCUCAGAAUCGAACAGUACGAGCCAGAGAAGUACAACCAGGCACUGAUCGAGUCAUUCAAGGAGGGUCAAAAGAUCUAUGAUGUAGCCGGUCCAUCCAAAGGAUACAUUGUGCUCAAACCACCCAAGGAGAAUAAGCCUCAACAACAGGCCAAGAAGCAAAAGGAGGCCGCAGCUCUACCCACAUCAGAUGAGCCACCAAAAGAGCUGGUCGUCUACGAAGAGUUUGUGCCAUUCCUCUACAAGCAGUAUCAGACAAAGAAGUACCUAGAGUAUGACUCGUUCGAUCUGGCCGUGGACCAGUUCUUCUCAGAGAUCGAGUCGCAGAAAGUGGAGCAGCAGCGCAUUGCCCAGGAACAGACAGUACUAAAGAAGUUGGACAAGGUGCGAGAUGACCAACAGCGCAGAAUCGACUCGUUGUAUGCCGCCGAGGCCGACAACCAGAGGAAGGCCCAACUCAUCGAGGCCAACCUGCAGGAGGUGGACCAAUGUAUCCUCAUCAUCAGAAGUGGUGUGGCUGCAUCCAUGGACUGGACCACUCUUGCCCAGAUGCUCAAGGAGGAGAAGAAGAAGAAUCCAUACUCUGUGGCCAACAAGAUACACAAGCUCAAACUCGAGACCAACCAGAUCUCCCUUGCCCUCACAGACGCCUUCCUCUAUGACGACAAUCAGGAUGGUGACGAGAGUGACGACAGUGAUGAGGAUGAUAACAGUGACAACGACGGUGAUGACAGCAAACAGAAGGAGAGAAACAAAAAGCACAACGACAAGGAGGCCAGGAAACCAACACUGAUCGAUGUCGACCUGUCAUUGACGGCGUUUGCCAAUGCCAGAGAGUACUAUGACAGCAAGAAACACUCUCAUGAGAAGGCACAAAAGACUAUUCAACAGGCAGACUUUGCACUCAAGGCUGCUGAAAAGAAGAGUCGACAGCAGUUGGGUGAGGUGAAGGCCAAGGCCUCAAUGAUCCAGAUGCGCAAGGUGUUCUGGUUUGAGAAGUUCCACUGGUUCAUCAGCUCGGACAACUACCUUGUAAUCAGUGGAAAGGACGCCCAGCAGAAUGAGUUGCUCUUUAAGAAGUACAUGGAGAAGGAUGACAUCUACGUUCAUGCCGACAUCUUUGGUUCGACGUCAUGUCUGAUCAAGAACCAGAAGGGUGGCCCAAUUCCACCCAACACCCUGAUCCAAGCUGGAACAAUGACUAUGUGUUACAGUAAUGCUUGGUCGGCCAAGGUCGUCACGAGUGCCUACUGGGUCUAUGCAAACCAAGUCAGCAAGACUGCCCCGUCCGGUGAGUUCCUCACCACUGGAUCCUUCAUGAUUCGUGGCAAGAAGAACUAUCUCCCGCACUCACAGCUGGUGAUGGGAUUUGGUUUCAUGUUCAAGAUAGAUGACAGCUGCAUUGCCAACCACGUCGGAGAGAGAUCCCCUUCAUAUGGCCAAGGUGAUGCUGACGAUGAUGAUGACAUUUCAAACGAGCCAGCUGGCGAAGAUGGCACCGGAGAGAAGAAGCUGCGAAAGUUUGAGAGGGCCAAACUAAAGAAGGAGCAGGAGGAGGAAGCCUUUGCCGAGAUGGAUGGUAUGGAGGUGUCCGAUCAGAUCACCUCGACUACAGUCUCCACAAAGGCACAGCCUGUGGCAUCACUCGGUCAGUCGACAGACAGCUCCAACAAGUACCGUAUCAAACUGGUCAGUAGUUUCCACGAGGAUGAGGAGAAGACUGAACAAGCCAAGGAGACCCAACAGCAAAGUGGUAUCGAGGAAACGAUCACACAAUCAAAGGGUGACAAUCAGAAGAACAAGUCGCACAUGACUGCCUUUGAGAGAAGACAACAGAAAAAGGGUGGUCCAGGAGACAAUGAGGAGGACACUGAGACACCGGUAGCACAACAACAACAACAGCAAAAGCAGCAACAACAACAAACCUCUGCUGCAAAGGAGAAGAAGGGCGAGCCAACCAAGCAUCUUCUGCCUAGUCAGAAGAACAAGCUGAAAAAGAUCAAGGAGAAGUACGGUGACCAAGAUGAAGAGGAGAGACAAGAGAGAAUGAAGUUGCUUGGCUCAGCUGGCAGCAAGAAGGAGGACAAGAAGAAGGACAAGAAGGGUCAGAAGGGAAAGCAACAACAGACUCCUGCCAAAAAGACAGACAACAGCAAACAAGAGUCAAAGCCAAAGGCAACGGGAGAGAAGGAGAGCGCUCAAAAGGUGGAGACCACAACAGAUACAAAGGAUAUUCAAACCAAGUUGCAGGACUUGGUUUUCAAGCAAGAGGACACAAUGACUGCCACCCCCACAACGUCGACUACAUCCACCACCACCACUCAGCCACUGUCCACAGAAGAACAAACAUCUGACAAUGAGGAGGACGAGGAUGACAACAACAACAACAACAACAAUGGAGAGGAGAAGUCUAGAAAAGGAAGAAAGGAGAAGAGAGAGGAUAAGAUGAAGGAACAAGAGGAGAUCAAACAGUUGUUGGAGGAGGAGAACAUGGCAGCGGCCUCUAUCGACUCGGAGAAUGUCACCAACAUUGACACACUCACUGGUCAGCCAUUGGAAAACGACAUUCUUCACUUUGCCAUCCCAGUGGUUGGACCGUACACAAUCUUCACCAACUACAAGUACAAGGUCAAGCUGACUCCUGGACAGCUCAAGAGAGGAAAGGCCGCCAAGCAAGCCAGUGCGGCGCUCCUACAGAAUCCAAACAUGUCCAAGAGAGAGAAGGAGCUGAUCAAGAACAUCAAGGACGAGGAACUCACCGCCAACAUGUUGGCUGAUGUCAGACUGCACGCACCCAAUCUUCUGGCCUCCAAGAAGAAGGAGAAGCAGCUCAAGAAAGAGAAAGCCAUUGAGAAGGCAAAUGAGGAGGCACAACUGAAAGAGGAGAAGAAGCAGCCACAACCAACACAGGUCGGACAACAAUCACAAAAAUCAAGCACUGCUGCAAAGAAGUGA